AUGGAAACAAAUAAACGCGUUCAGUGCUGUACCGACCGGUGCACUGACUACGCGCAUGCGUGUAUCGUCGUCGUGAACAUGAACAUCGAUACUGAACGCUUGAUCACCGAAGUUCGUCUUCGUGAACCACUCUGGGAUUUAGGCCACAAGUUAUAUAAAGACCGCGAUGCCAGGCUAAAGGCUUGGAAGGAAAUAUGUGAAGCAUUAUGUCCGAAUUUCGAUGAAAUGUCUCCGACUGAGCAAAAAAAUUUCACUCGGGAUGCGUACACAAGAUCGAAAACCGCAAUUAUUAAUACGAAGUCUGGAUCUGGUGGUGGAGAUAUAAAUAAAAAGGAUAUCUACUAUGGUCACAUGCGAUUCCUCGACAAGAAACACCCCGUCGAAGUUGAGGACUCUCUAACUGCAAAUGGUUCCCAGGCAAAUAUUUCGUGUCGAGUCACGGUUAAUGACCCUAAUACGUCUGGAAGUAGUGGUGGCAGACCUUCGAAACCAUACGAAGCAUCUUCAGAAAAAACAAAGAAACGAAAAAACAUGGAAUUAAUACAAGAGUACGGAUUGGACUGUGUGCUCAAUGCUUAUGCUCAGGAGUUACGGUCUAUGGCUCUUGGGGAACUUGAUGUAAAAUUUAAUUUUCCUCCUAGAAAUAUAUUUAAUGUCGACGAGACAGGGAUCACGUCUGUGCAAGAUUCGGGCAAAGUUGUGGCAGAGAAAGACCAAAAGCGUGUCGGGUCGAUAACCAGUGGUGAAAGAGGGCAAACAGUUACAGCUGUCUGUGCAAUGAGUGCGACGGGAAUAUUUGUCCCACCCAUGCUGAUUUAUCCCCGCCAGAGACAUUCUGUAGCACUAGAAACAGAUGGACCAAGAGGUGCACUCUACCGCUGUUCAAAAAAUGGUUGGAUAAAUGAAGAUUUGUUUGUGGACUGGUUGAAGCACUUUGCAAAUCAUGCGAAACCUUCGGAAAAAGAUCCCAUUCUUCUCAUUCUUGACAAUCAUUCCAGCCAUAUAUCACUAAAAGCUUAUGAGUUCUGCAAAUCAAACAACAUCGUGAUGCUAAAGGCAUUCCAAAAAGUCGCAACAAUCCCCAAAGCGGAAGCAGGGUUUAAAGCAGCGGGAAUAUAUCCUUAUAACCCAGAUGUAUUUACCAAAGAAGACUUUCUAGCUGCAGAGUUUCUUAACAGCAAUGAUUUAACUCCACAUUCUUCAGAACAUCGUGAUCGAGACAACAAAACUCCUGAAUCUCAACUUAUGACCAACCAACAAAAUAAAAUCUCUGUCUGCAACAUUCCUGACAAUUUAAUUUUACAUUCUUUCGAACAUCGUGAAAUAGACAACAAAACUCCUGAAUCUCAACUUAUAACCGGCCCACAAAAUGAAAUCUCCAGUCCUGAAACUGUCUGCAGCAGUCCCUCUCUUUUAAAUGAGACCACUCAUGAUUGCCCAACUAACUCUUUUUGGAUGGUAGAAAGUCUGUCCAACCUUGCAUUGGAAAAAAUUAAUAGCGAGACUUUUUCAUCAAUGACUUUUACUACAGCGACGCCUACUGCCAUAGCUGGCUUUUCUUUCAUUGGCUUACCUAUCACUGCAGUAAAGACAACUCUAGCUUGCUCUUCUGCCUGCACUGAUACUUCCAGCUCUGCAUUUUCAACAACUACAGGCACGUCUAAUUUUCUGUCUAUUGCUUCUUCUAAAUGUUUGACAAAUGUUAAAGAUCUUCUGCCAGUACCCAAGAAAAGCAUAGAGAAGAGGAAGAGUAACAGGAAACAACAUGCCACCUACAUAACAGGAAAUAAAAAAACAGCCCACACAGUUAAAAAAAGAAUUCUUCAGGAGAAAAAUAACACAAGCAGCAGUUCGGAAUCUGAUGUAGAGAUGAUUGACUUAUAUAAAUAUACAGAUAUUGAAGAAAAUAGUGAUUUGGAAAACAAGUGUGUUCUAUGCGAUGAUUACGGGAGAAAUAAUGAGCUCUGGUACAGAUGUGUUAUUUGUGGGUUGUGGGCACAUGCUGAAUGUACGGGUAGUGAUACACCGGAAAACUACAUGUGUGAUAUAUGUAUCAGAAAAGCU